CCCUUCUCCCUCAAGGGCUCUUUUAAAACCUCCCCAAUAUUGAUGCUCUUAGGGUUUAAUAAUAAACGAACAGUAGUAUCAGCUUUUCUCCAAACACAAAGAUCCGAAUUUGUUCAAGAAACUCCAAUUCUCGCAAAGAAAUGGAUCUUUCUCCCAGAAGAAACAGAAUCCAUGCUUUUCUCAGCAAAGCAUAUGAGAUGGUUGAUGAUCCUUCCACGGAUAAGAUAAUCUCAUGGGGACCAAACGGCACGACGUUCGUGGUUUGGAAACCGCUCAAGUGUUCAAGAGACCUUCUUACCCGACACUUGGGAAUCACAAACUUUGCAAGAUUCGAGUCAUAUGGUUUUAGCAAGAUGACUGUGUGUGGACAACAGUUGGAGUUUGAAUGCAGUGACUUUGUGAAGGGCCACCCUGAGCUUUUGGACAAGAUUGGUGAUCGCUACGUGGCCAAGUUGAGAGCUUUUCAUGAGAAGAGGUACAAGCCUUUUGAGGAUAAGCUUAAAAAUGCAAAGACCAAGGAAGAGUGGGAUCUAGCUGUGAAGGAGUUCUUUGAAAAUAACAGUAAGGAGAGAAGGGAGAGCAGGCUGAGGAUGGAGACCUCUCCUCCACCUGCUCAAGUGCCAAGUAAUGGAUCUUGAUCACAGCUCUCCAUCUUUGUAUUGGAUUUCUCUACUUUGGUUAUCUUUCUAAACAAUACUCUCUGGAUUCUGCUUCUUUUGUUUCCACUUAAACCGCACUCAUCUUGUUAAUCUGCUUUCAGUGUUGGUUAGUCUUGUAAGAUAUAUACCCUUUGCUCCUAAGCUCUUGAAGCCACGAGCUUAUUAUAAAGUUG